UGUGUUUUCUUACGUGUUUGUGUUGCCCUGCCAGCGUUGUAUUGAUGUAGGGACACUUGUGUGCUAGCUACGCUAACGUUAGCUCGAGUCGAGGGAGUGCGGGGUAGUGACAGUCCGGCCGGAGGCGGGGAGAACUGCGAGAUCAAGGAAAACUUCCAUGUCUGCAUCAGCUCUGGAAACCAGAAGAGAUGUCUGUCGAUGAGGAUACUGUAAAAACUGGCAGCCCACAGGCCAGCUCAACUUCAUCUCUGCAGCUCUCAGAUUGUACUGGAGGUUACAGUAGUAUAUCUGUAAUGGUGGAGGGUACCGCAGCCACCCCUGACUUUGCAGCUGCAUGUCCUGUCCCGGGCACUGCAGCCUCACCUAAACAUACCAGUACGACUGACACGCUCACCCACUCAGACAAUGCUGAACAGAGAGCCAGAGGGAACGAGAAUAACAUCAAUCGCAGGAACAGCUUUCAUCAUUCCAAACAACAGCAACAAACAAAACUAACGAAACGGCGCAACACAGCAAACUCCAGUUUCAAGCAUCCGACAUCUGGCAAGAGGAGACGAAGGGCCAACUCUGAGAGUGACUCCGUCCUGCCUACCAACUUCCUUCUGGGUGGGAACAUUUUUGACCCACUGAAUCUCAACAGUCUGCUGGAUGAGGAGGUCAACAAGGCACUGAAUGCAGAGACGCCCAAAUCCUCCCCUCUGCCAGCAAAGAGUAGAGACCCUGUGGAGAUCCUUAUCCCCAGAGACAUCACAGAUCCGUUGAACCUGAACAGCGGGAUAGCAGACAGCAGCUUUUUGGUGUCCCCCUUCAAGAGUGGUGGAAGGAAGAGACACCGCAAUAGACACCAUGGUGGAGGUGGUGGUGGCGGUGGUGGCGGUGGCGGCGGCGGCGGCGGCGGUGGCGGCAGUGGGAUUUCAAACACACAGAUCAACCUCUCAGAAUUAGGAAAAAGUGAGGUUAAAACCAGCACCUCCGCACCGCUUCCAGGUAUGUUAGCCUCAUGUUCUGCUCUAGAUGUCUCCAAAGAGUCCAACAGUUUCUCCAGUGUCACAGAGGACUCCCAUGAGCACUCAGCUGACAACUCAGCCAGCUGCAAGGAGGAGAUGACAUCCAUUUCCUUGGAGGAUUCCACGUCCUCCAUAUCGGGAGGACCAAACCAGCACACAAGCAGACGCAAACGUAGGCGCAACUCCGGCAAAAUGGAGACCCCUGUAACCCAUUCCACCCCCAUUGGAAAGUCAGGAUCUGGAGACAGAAGUUGUAGUACAGGGGGACAGAAAAAUUCUCAGUCUUUCCACACACCAAGAAGUGGUCCUAGAACAGGCCUGGGAGGCCGCCAGCACCAGCAGCCCCACAACCAGGCGAAGGAGCAACAGAGGAAGUUCCAGUAUGGGAACUACAACAAGUAUUAUGGCUACCGCAACCCAGGUGCUAGUGAAGACCCACGGAUGCGUGUAUUUCGUCCAGAAUGGUUUGAAGGUAAAGACGUACUGGAUUUGGGGUGCAACGCAGGCCAUCUAACGCUUUAUAUUGCCAAAAUGCUUAGACCUGCACGAAUAUUGGGCCUGGAUAUUGACAGUGGACUGGUACAUGCAGCCCGAAAGAACAUUAGACAUUAUCUUUCGGAGCUGCAGACCCAAGAGGCCAGGCGUGCAAUGCAGGAGAAAAAGAGCACUAAACAGGAGGAGAGGAAUGGAAAUGAGAGUCACACAGGCACAGAAAAGAAGCACAAUGAAGCCGAGAGCAGGGAUGAAAAUGGGAAACCAGUGAAAGGAGAAAGUGGCCCUGCAGACGCUGUAAAUGACAAUGACUCCUGUCACACAGAUGAGGCAGGGACCCAGAGGCAGGACAGCAAAACAGAGGAAAUGGAGCAGGAAGAUUGUGAUUCAAACCCCACUGAUCACUCUGUAAGCUGCUCUUUUCCUAUGUCCCUACGGAUCUCCAGGGGGCCCAUCGCUGCACCUCCACUGACAGAGACACCCACCACACAGCCCGGGGAGUUCCCCUCAAAUGUGUCCUUCAUCAAGGCCAAUUAUGUACUGGAGAAUGAUAACCUGCUUGUGACUCAGCGGCCAGAGUACGACGUGAUCCUGUGCCUGAGCGUUACCAAAUGGGUUCACCUGAACUGGGGAGACAGUGGCCUCAAGCGGCUCUUCAAGAGAGUCUACAGACAUCUCCGUCCUGGAGGCAUGUUCAUCCUGGAGCCGCAGCCGUGGGAGUCCUACGUGAGGAGGAGAAAGCUGACUGAUAAUAUUAGCAGGAAUUAUCACAGCAUCCACCUCAAACCUGAGCAGUUUCCAUCAUACCUUACAACUGAGGUGGGCUUCACCAGUUUCGAGUACCUUGGUGCCCCUAAAUGUUCAAUAAGAGGUUUUCAGAGGCCAAUCUACUUAUUUCACAAAUGACCGCUCCUGCCUUGAAGAUCAUUGAAUGUGAGUAGCCUGAACCACCAUCAUACAUUCAAGCCAGCCAGCUGCCCUGGACUGCAAGGAAUCAUCGUGAAUCCUUAACAGUUACUCCAGACUCUUCAGACGCUGAAGAUGAAAUUCAGAAAGGAGGAAUGGGACCAAAAGUGGAAUUAAUUUUGUAAAGACAAUACCUGUGAAGAAGAGGCACCUAUCAGAGUUUUCUGUGACUACAAAUUCUUAAAAUAUCGAGUGAACUCAGACAGGAUCUACAGUGUGUAACCUGGAGCCAAAUAUCAUAGUUUGGCCGGACUGUGGAAGACGUGCUCAUCUGAUCAGUUCCUCAGACUGUCCAAGUGCUAAUGAUGCCCCAAUUUGAUGGCAGGCCAUAACACAUGUUUGAAUACCUUUGGCCAUAUAUCUUUACUUUCAUAACUUUGUUCUGUGCCACCGCAUCACCAUACAUUAUACAUAUUAGGGUUGGGGGAUAAAAGACAGACUUUCCCAAUUGGCCAUCGUUACAACUUCAACUGGCAGUAGCCGGUGUGUUCAAUAGAUUAGCUCACUGCAAAACUGCAGCUUGUCACUGGAUUACAAAGCCAUUUAACAGAUCUUACACUGACAUGAUGUCUCUUUAACAGCCACUCUGGAGUGCAGGUAAAGGACACUGCAGGCUGUUGGUAAAUGAAGCCCCAUAUUGCCGGCUCAAUUGCAACUACUCCUGGCACAGAAAAUGUUCUUAGUUGUUAAAUAUUUACAUUAUGGCCUUAAUUCUUGAUGCAGCAGUCUUAUAUAAAUGCGCAUAUUUUGUUGAUUUUAAAACAGCCAAAGACCAUCAGCCAUAGUCAGUGUAUCACUAAUAGCUGAUGUGUUUGUCUUAUCUCCCAACCCUAGUAUGUAGAUUGUUUUGUCAUUAUUUUGCAAAAUAGGCAUAAGAGCCGAAUUAACUUUGAUCUGUUACAGAGCUGUAACUCCACAGUUUGAAAUACAAAAAGCUCCUAGAUUGCACAAGUUGGAGACCUUUGAAAAAUGUCAAUGUGAUAAAGAUAAUGAUGCACAAUGAGAAAGGUGCACUCAAAACAGCCAAAACAGCAAAAGAUCUUGUGAAAUGUUGACUGUUGAACCCAGUCCGUGUUGCGUCCGAGUGCUGUAUUUUUUUCCCCCUUUAUCAGCACGGUGAAAUUUGUCGUGCAGCUUAAGUGUAUGUAGCUGUAUAAAGGUAAUGCUGGGCAAAUUGGUAAGUCAGUGGCCACGGUGACCCAAACACAAACAUUAGAUUCUAUCAUUUUACAUGGAGACAGCAUAUAGUUGAAUAAGGCUUACUAUCAUUGGGCAUACUUAGCAUUUCAAAACUGACAGAUAAAAUGUUACAUCCCUAAGUGCACAUUGAAAAUGUUCAUAUCUUUGUUUUCAAGGAAAAAGGGGUUUGGGCUGUUUUGAGUGUAAACUUUACCAUUUAAGAAGCAACAGAUCACUUCAUGGGUUCUUCAAGCAUUUUCGAUGCUCCAUCCUAAUGGUAGGGGGCUGAGCUGUGAUGACACGCAGGUGUUGGGCUCAGCUCAAGAUAAUUCAGCCCAGAGACCACAAGGACUAUUUUGCAAAGUCAAUGUGUAGCAUGCAGUGAUCUAUUUCUUUUCUUUUUUUUUUUCCAUGACAGUUAAGCCAUAGCCCUACGUUACGUGUUUGCAGUGUCCUUCAUGAGGUGCUGACUGAGAGUAUAACUGUUAGUAGACAUGCUAGAUCUUCUUCAGUGCUGUAUAAUUCUGGCACGUACAUAGUUUUGUGUGGUCUGAUCAUCUCGACUGGACAGGCAUUAAUUCAAACCGCAUCAGAAUCACUUAAAAUACUCUAGUGCUUUUGUAGCUCCUGAGUUGAACUCACCUUCUGUGAGGAUGAACAAAAAUUUACAUUUGUAGAAAAUGGAUUGUUACUAAAAGUACUGGAAUAUAUCCGUAUGACUUUAUACCAAAUUUGAAUAUUAAUAUGCUGUUUGUAUUGAAGCGCUGCCAAAAUAUUUUAUGGGUCAUUUGCUCUUGAAUUUGACAAAAUAUGCCAUCAUCAUCUUAGUCUUUGGCCUAAUGAGGACAGUUAUGACAGUCUUUGUGAUUGUAUCUUAAUUGGUGUGCACUGAGCACUGCUCAUCUACAACCUUUCAUUUGAAGUGGCUGGGACAGAAAAUCUUCCUUUUUUUGGUGACUGAUUCAGUCAUAGUGUUUGGCACACUAGGGUAGGAGAUGAUGGAUAAUGUAUGUUUCUAUUUUAGUAUGUGAUCAAUGUAAAUAAGUUUGCAAAUUUUGUUUCACUGUUGUCAAUAUUAAGUUCAUAACUGCUUUUGUCAUUUUCCAGUGGAUUUGUUUUUGUCUUGUUUUCAAAUGUUUGCUGCCAAUUUGCGGGUGAGUCACAGGUCAGAGUUUUUCGUCCUAAAACGGAUCGCUAAUCCGGCUCUGUAACAACAAAUGAAAAUGUACAUUGCAAAGUUCUGAUGUGUUUGCUUUUUUUCUGUCCUGGCAGGCACAUGGAUUGUUAGAUUAGCUCUUUAUUUUUUUUAUAAACUGUUUGAAAGGAGUGUUUGUGUUAACGCACUCUCAUUUCACUUCAUUUGACAUGCUAUAGACAUUUUAAAAUGAUUCAAAAUCAAGAAAGAUUUGCAUACUUUUUCCAUCAGACUUUUUAUAACAAGUUGUGGAACACUGAUUAACCUAUUAAAUGAAGCUUCAGGUUACAUUUUGAAUUGAAAGUGAAUUGGCCUCAACCUCAGUUGGCCCAACAGACACAAAAGCACCAAAUCACACCUUCCUCCUAAGCUCAGACAAUCGGAUUCUCAGGCUUAGAUCAGCCCACUGCAAGGGGCAUUUUGCUUUUUGCAUUAUUAACAAAAGUUUUGCUUUUUGCAGGUCACAUAAUAAGCAUUUUAUUUGAAAAAUGAAUUGUUUAAAGCUAACUUGUGUUAAAAAUUGCACCUUACUGUCUCAGCAGCGGUAUCUUACAGAUUUUAACCCAGUAGGUCUGACUUGUAAUUCCAGGUAGUCAAGCUAAAGCAUGUCUUUGCUGGAGAUGUGAAAUGAUAUGUUGUUAUAUACAGUGCUGUAAAAACUUUUGUACUUCCCUUGAGGUUUUGCACAAAGUUGUGCAAAGUCAUGAAUGAAAGGAAAUUACACAAAAAUAGGGUGUAUUAAAUCUAACACCCCUUGCAUCGACAAGGUGUAAUGCUAAUGAGAAAUAUUACUAUUUUAAAACCUAUGAUGAUCAGACCUCAUAUUCCGGUUGUAGUUUACAGUACAAUAUUGUGCAACAUUUGUGCUUCUGCCUUUUUAGCCAGCAAAAAUUGAUUCCAUCAUAAUUCAAGUGUAUAAUGGAUUGAAGUUAAGAAAACCAGUGUAGCAUUGAAUGUGAAAGCUUAAGCGUCCAGGUUUUCAUGUUGCAAAGAACACAAAAGGUAAAUAUUACAAGAUACAUUGCAAUCAAAGCACAACCUGUUGUAUUUUUCAAUUUUUUUUAUUUAUUUUAAUGUAUUUACAUAGUUUUGUAUUUGCAACUUGAAGACUGGGAGCCAUUCCAAGAAGUAGUUUAGUGAAUUCUAGCAUUUUGUUAUCUGGCAUUUUGUUGAGAGAAAGAGCUGCUCUGGCUUUUAUUUAACUAUAUGAUGCAGGUAAAUUAGUAAUCCUGCUUUGUGCAGCAGAUCUGUAAAUGCCACAGAAAGUAAACCUCACAUUCAAGACUAUGCUUACAUUUUACUUAACUUCAACUCGUCCUAUAACUAAUGGAAUAAUGGAAACUAUAAUGUUUAAAACCAGUAGCUACAACCUGAUUAUAACGUUUGAACAGCAAUCCCAAUGAAAUAAUACAAUUUUUGUCAGAAACACAAUAACACUCUGACACAGGAACAACUUUACUUACAGUUGCAUACUCGCUUCUAAUUUAUUAGAACUUUUGUAACACAUGUACCUAAAUUUGUUCUAAAACUGAAAUAAUAAAGCUUAAACUGGAUGUCUUAAAGGAAAAAAAAGAUGUUAAUCUCUUUGGAGCACAACGAAUGCAUAAAUUCAAGGGGUGUAUGAUUUUUAAUGGCACUAAAAUUCACCUCUUCCUGUUGAAUUUGCACUGAUAAUGACUCGAGGGAAUUAAACUAGUUUAGUACAUUUUUUUGCAGUUCAAGUUGAUGUUUUACAUGUACCCUAAUUUUCCUAGAACCAGUUUUAUGGAAAAACUGUUGGAAUAAAAUAAGCCCUCUGUCAGGGAAGCUUUUAAUUUUCAUGCCUCUGAACAACAAGAUAUAUCUGAAUGUUUCUCUAUGUAACAUUUUAAUUGAUUAAAAGUGGUUCCAGA